GUUCUUCAGACCUGAAAUUUUUGCCUAUAUAUAUCACAACCAUUUUACCCAUUUAUCUCACCAACUCAUCAUACAAAUUAAACAAGCAUAGCUUUUUAAUUUCUUGAAUUUUACUUCAGCUCUUCGUUUGUAUCAUCAGCAAUAUAAUGGCGGGCAAGAAUGUGAGUUUGGCUUCUUUGGACCAGAGGUUGGCCAUGGCCAAACGUUGCUCUCAUGAGGGUGUAGUUGCAGGAGCUAAAGCAGCUGUGGCUGCCACCAUUGCAACAGCUAUUCCAACAUUGGCUAGUGUGAGAAUGCUGCCAUGGGCAAGAGCCAAUUUAAACCCAACAGCACAGGCACUGAUAGUCUCAACAGCCGCUGGGAUGGCUUACUUCAUUGUGGCUGACAAGACUGUUCUUGCUACGGCACGCCGGAACUCCUUCAAGAAUGGCUCAGUCUCCGCCAACAUUGAAGCCUGAUCUUGAUUAUAUAUUAUUAUAUGCAUCAUAUUUUAUCUGAUCUCCCUGCUACUCAAUCUCAUUCAUUUCAAGAAGGGGGCGUGGGGGUAGAAUUCUGUUUGAAUGUAUGAGUAAUGAGUAUGAUGAAUACCUGUUGUAUGACCAACAACUGUUUCUGUGAAUAUAAACAAAAUGUUGGUUUUUCCCAGAUUUUAUUGCCUUCUUUUCUGUUGAUGUAUCAAAUGUAUUAACCCACUGGCAAUGAUUCUAAGAAUUCUGUAUUA